AUGACGCCUGCCAAACUAGUCACUCUGACAUACGACUGCGAUCUGGAACAAACUGCCAAGGAAUUGCUUAACCACAAGGGUUCGAAUUACCAGAAACACGGGAUUGCAGUCAAUCACAAAGAAGGCAUAGUUAACGUUCCUGGCAGAUGGAUGUAUGAAUUGGCAGAAGUGGUGGACCAGUGGACCAACGAAGACGCGCCAAGGCAACGCCUUAUGUACCCAUAUGCACCUUACAUGGGAUGUGCAUAUAGACAUUGGAACGGAGAUGACGGAAAGCUGCAUUUCAAAGUAGUCUGCGUCUACAAGAACGACCGAAGCAGAUUCGAGGCACUACAGAAAAGCCCAUCGGGAAAGCCAUGCACCAAGAAGCAAGACUGUGGAACAUUUGGAGGGGAUUUCGACUGCCUCGCCGAUCUUUGUUUUGCUCCAGCGCACUCUGUUAUUUUUAGCUAA